AGAAAUAAAAAAGAAAAGAAAAAGAAAUCGGGAGAGGAUAAAAAAAAAAAUCCGGGGAGUGAGGGACCAAAAAAAAAGGGAUUCCACCCACCACCAACCCUAGCCAAUCCUCCAGUCCAAUCACCAUGAUGCGGGACGGCGCGCCUCCGGCGGCGCCGGCGGCCGGCGUUGGGGGCGGCGGCGACGGGCCCAGGCGGUGCUCGCAGUGCGGGCACCACGGGCACAACGCGCGCACGUGCACAGCGCGGCCCGUCAAGCUCUUCGGCGUGCGCAUCGGGGACAAGCCCAUGAGGAAGAGCGCCAGCAUGGGGAACCUCGCGCAGCUCGCGGCGGAGGGGAGCGGCGGCGGGGGGAGGGAGGAGGGUUACGGCUCCGACGGGGAGCGCCCGCACAAGAAGCGAGGCGAGGCAUGGACUGAAGAGGAGCACAAAAAGUUUCUACUUGGUUUGAAUAAGUUAGGGAAGGGUGAUUGGCGUGGUAUAUCCCGUAAUUACGUUAUUUCGAGGACUCCUACUCAAGUUGCUAGCCAUGCACAGAAGUAUUUCAAUCGCCAAACAAAUGUGCAUAGAAGGAAGAGAAGAUCAAGCCUCUUCGAUAUGGUGAUUGAUGACUCUUCUGAUCAGCUGCCGCUCUCGCGUUCAUCUUCACAAGAAGUAGAACAACAUUUAGAUGAUCCACAGCCUGUUGGGGCCGUUCCUGCCCCCGUGGUCUCUCCUGCUGCUGUGGCGCCUCCUCCUGUGUCUGUGGAAGCGCCUGCUUCACUUCCACCACCAGUUCAAGUUCCAAUUCCGGUUACAGCUCCAGUAGUUACACCUCAGCUUAUGGAACAGGACUCAGUUCCCUCAAGUUCAAGUGCUGGAGAAACAGGGGUGGUUAUGCCAGAAGCCAUGCCACCCUAUCUUUAUCCAAUGAUGAUUCCUCCUCCAUACUACCACCCAGCAUUUGUUCCAGUACCCUGCUACGGUUAUGUUCCUUUUUACUAUGGGCCACCAGGUGCAGCACAAGCUCCACAUCAGGUAGUCAAGCCUGUGGCCGUGCACUCAACGCCUCCAUUAAACGUCAAAGACCUUUACAAUAUGUCAGAACUGAGCCUGAAGGGUGAUGACUCAAAUGCAAACAGUGGAGUGCCUGCUUCCCCCUUGCCUCCAAAGCCGAUUGGUAGACCAGAGAGGCAAUCUGCUUUCCAUGGCAAAGGGCCUUCUGGUGGCUCGUCUGGCGGACUAAUUCCUGCAGUCAAGUGACUUGAUACUGAUCUUAAGCAUCAGUUGAUGUGUAUGUAAUGCUUAGAAGAUAGCCCAAUCAUAAUAGCCUAUGCUGCUAAAAUGGUGUUUUGGUUUCUUGCAAAUUAUAUACUGCUCAUUUUAGCCUUCAAGUUUGGAAGUCGUGAUCUGUGGGUAAAUAUAUUGUUAAUUAGUUUGUCGUUAAUUUAGAUAUAUUAUUCUGAUUUCAUCAGUUUAUCCCAAAUUUGUUCAUCAA